AUGGCGGGUCUGUGGUGCAGGAGCCUGCUGCAGGAUUACGCUGACGCCUGCCGGGAUGUGGCCCUUGGUGUCAAGGAGCGGCCUGGGAAAGCCGGACUCUACCUCUCGCUGCUGGCUGGAGCUACCAUCUGCAGCCUCCACGUCCCCUGUGACGCCUCAUUCGAGUCCUCGCUCCUCGAAGCCUCGGGCGCCCUCCUCCUGCUCUCCCCCUGGGUCCGGAACGGCACCUCCGAGGGGCACGUCCAGCGCCUGAUGAAGCUCCGGAACCAGGGGCGGCUGCGCUACCAGAGCCUCGUCUUCUUCUCCCUCGUCUACCAGGCCCCCUUUGAUGCGGAAGUUGCGCUGUACCAGGCUCACUGCAAACACCUGAAGCCACGCUGGAUGGACUUUCCCGCCCGGACCCUGGAUGUGGGGUUCUUGGGCCGCUGGUGGGUUUUAAGUUCGAAAAUGAAGGAUUCCGACAUCAAUGAAGAGGAAUUUAAACAUCUCCCUGAGCAUCUCAGGACCAUCUCCUCCCGGAACCUCCACUCAGCGGCCAACGAAAAACUCUUUGAGGAGAAAUACAAACCCGUCAUCCUGACAGAGGAGCAGAUUGAGCGGGCAGAAAAGGAGGAGCAGCAGCAGCCACUUCAGGGAGCCUUAAACCAAUAA